UUGAUUUUUUUUUCUCUGUGGUUAUACAACACUGAGCACACAUUGAUGCUCCUGCAGUACAGAUACAGAUAAUUGCACUGUGCUUUGCUGCAGCAGUGACUCCUGGCCAUGAACACCACACAGCCUUACAUCAUCUAUGGAAAUGCCCAAACUCACCUACCUGCUCACCACUUUUUCACAUUUCAAAGACAAGAUUUUCCUUCCUCCAACCAAAUAAAUCAGCACCACUGCUGCCACCAAAGAAGCUCCUUGUGCUUCACAAGCAAUGCACAUUGAGAGAAAUCUGAAAUCUACUUCUAAAGCCAGCCAUACCAAAUGAGAUCUGGUUGCAGGCAGCAUUUCAAUUACAUGGUUGUGUUACAAGCAUAUUUUGUGGGUUUGAUACCUAACAUUCACUGCAGCCAGUACUGAUGCCCUUGUUCAUAAGCUUUGUUGCACUCGACACGGUGAGCGAGCCUUGAAGUAUCUCCCACUGCUGAACUCUGGUGUCUGCCUGGGCAGAGGGGAAAACCAGAAGUGGGGUUGCAAAAUGACUGCCAGUGAUCGUCCUGCAGGUCAGUGGCUGAGUGAGAAUCAGGCCACCUCUCAGCCCACCCUGGUGGCACCGCCUGGUUAACAUCUGUGUGAUGUUUGAGACACAGGUUACCUUCUGGCACCAAAUUUAUACCCCAGCCUCCAGCAGUGCUCGGAGGCUCUGUCAAUCAUUUGCCACAAGGAAUGCCACACGUGUCAGCCCUUCUGCACCAGUGUCAGUGCUGCUGUGUGCUGCAGAGCUCCUCUGGGUGCUGCCUCUGCCCUUGGCAUGCCCGGCUCUGCUGCUCCUCACUGCUGUUUGAUGUGACGGGGUACAGACAGCCAGAGAGUGCUGAAAGCCAUUAGUGAAGUGGUAACUGUGAUAAUUCAUUAAGUGGAUAAGGCUAGAAAUUAAUUAGUGACUCACAGGGCUCUGACGGAUGCAGAAAAACAGGCAAGCAGCGCUGGUUGCCUUGUCAGAGUCAAUUUCAGCCCUUGUAUCAAAGUCCGUGUCAGCCAAGGCUCAGGGUUUGCGUGAGGGCUUCGGGGCGGCCGCGGCGAAGUGCUUGGGGGUGAGGCAAAAAGUGGCCGCGGGCACAGAGCGGAGGGACAGAGCUGCAGGGCAGGGAGCUGGGAAGAGAAGUGAGCAGGGCGACGGGGCUCAGUGCUGUCAGCAGCGUGCCAGCGGCCGGGAAGGAAAGGGGGAUCCCGGGAAGCCGCGGCCGUGCCCUGGGACACGCAGCAUCCCCGCCCACCGCUCCAGCGGGGCACCCCACGCACAGAAGAUGCUUUGCGAUCUGCUCCAGCCGGCAGGGCGGGUGGAGGUUAGCAGGGUUCCCAGCUCCCGCUCCCCCUCCUCCCUCCACGGCCGGGGCGUUGCGGGGCGAGACCGGCCAAGCCAAGCCCUGCCCUCCCCGUGCCACGCACCGCCCCCGCCGGAGCCGCGUACGGAGCGGAGCGGGAAGGCGGCCCGGCCCCCCCGGUUCUGCCGUCGCCGCACUCAUGGCUUCCGCCGCGCUGCUCGCAGCUCUGCCCCGCCGAGGGCUGCUCCGCCUGAGCGCGCGUGUCCUGCACACAAGGACACUUUCUGCAUCCCAUAGGGUGACCGACAGCUACGUGCAGGGGACCUUGGACAUUCCACUUAUAAACAAAACUGUGGGCCAGUGCCUGGAUGAGACAGCGGAGCGGUUUCCCCACCGUGAUGCCUUCGUUUUCCACCGAGAUGGAGUUCGGAAAACGUUUGCUCAGUUCAAAGGGGAGGUAGACCAAGCAGCAGCUGGACUUCUGGCUCUUGGCCUGAAGAAGGGAGACAGGCUAGGAAUGUGGGGUCCCAAUAAAUAUGAGUGGGUUCUCAUGCAGUUUGCAACUGCCCAGGCAGGAAUCAUCCUGGUAUCUGUGAAUCCAGCCUAUCAGGCCAGUGAGCUGGAGUUUGUGAUCAGGAAGGUUGGCUGCAAGGCAUUGGUCUUUCCUGCUCAUUUUAAAUCGCAGAAAUACUAUGAUAUUCUAAAGCAGUCAUGUCCUGAAGUGGAAAACUCCAGUCCGGGGGGAAUAAAGAGCAAAAGGCUACCUGACCUAUCUACUGUCAUUAUGCUGGACUCCAAGCUGCCUGGUACCUUUCACAUGGACGAAGUGAUGCAGGCUGGGGACAGCAGCCACAUGAAGCAGUUAAGAACCUUGCAGCAGACCCUGUCCUGCAACGAACCGGUCAACAUCCAGUUCACUUCAGGGACAACAGGAAGCCCCAAAGGAGCCACGCUGUCUCACAGAAACAUUGUGAACAAUGCCAAUCUGAUUGGGGCGAGGCUGGGGAUCUCAGAGCAGGACUACCGCGUUUGCAUCCCCGCGCCCCUCUACCACUGCCUGGCGUCGGUGGGAGGCUGCAUGGUGUCGGCGCUGCACGGCUCCUCCUGCAUCUUCUCAGCCCCCAGCUUCGAGGGGAAGGCGACGCUGGAGGCGGUGUCUCAAGAGAAAUGCUCCUUCUUACACGGCACGCCAACCAUGUUCAUAGACAUGCUUUCCCAGCCGGACUUUGACUCCUACAACCUUUCGACUCUCCGGGGAGGAAUCAUUGCAGGUUCCCCUGUUCCCCCUGAGAUCAUGAGGGUGAUUUCAACAAAGAUGCACAUGCCAGAGAUUUUGGUUGCCUAUGGGACCACAGAAAACAGCCCUGUCACCUUCAUGGGAUUCCCCACUGACAACUUUACCAGAAGGACCGAGACAGUGGGAUCCAUCUUGCCCCACACAGAGGCAAAAAUUGAGGAUCCAGAAACAGGGAAGCCUGUGCCUCUGAACACUCCUGGGGAGCUUCAGGUCCGUGGCUACUGUGUCAUGCUGGGGUACUGGAAUGACACCGCCAGAACGCGGGAAGUGAUCUCUGAUGAUAACUGGUACAAGACGGGGGACAUUGCCACCCUGGAUGAGCAUGGCUACUGCAGAAUUAUAGGCCGUUGCAAGGACAUGAUUAUUCGGGGAGGAGAGAACAUCUACCCAGCAGAAAUCGAGCAGUUUCUCCACACCCACCCCAAGGUUGAGGAGGUCCAGGUGGUUGGAGUGAAGGAUUCGCUGAUGGGAGAAGAGGUCUGUGCCUGCAUCCGACUGAGAGCUGGGCAGAGCUGCGCAGCGGAUGAUAUCAAAGCUUUCUGCAAAGGGAAGAUCUCCCAUUUCAAGAUCCCGCGCUACAUUGUGUUUGUGAGUCAGUACCCACUCACUGUGUCAGGCAAGAUUCAGAAAUAUAAGUUGAGAGAGCAGAUGGAGAAGCACCUUCAGCUCUGAGCUCAGGAAGGAGAAUAAAACAAGGGAUAAAUUGGACUUGCUGCGUCCAGCCUUACGUCUCCUUUUCACCUGUGCCUUGUGACAAGCAGUGGAGGGCUUCUCUCCCUGCCCUUGGACUGAUGGCACUUUCAUGCUUAUAGAACAGAGAGCCUUUUUUUGCAGUUAGGUUUGUUUCUUUGCCAAAAGAAAUACUGCAGUGUGAGGAAAAGAUGCUUACUUCUGGAACUCUGUCCUCUUACUCUAAGACUUCAUGAAGGUUGCAAAGUCUUGUUUCUCUUUAAGCAACUUGGCUACAGCCAUUUCAGAGGGCUUUCUGGGCCUGAACAGAUGCUGGUAACAUAUUGUUCCUAUUUUUACUGAUAUUUGAAGUCACAACAGUCACACCUGGUUAAUGCCUUCUCUGCUUGGGUGCUAUUGGGAUUCAUAGGGCACAUAAAUCACCCAGUGAAGUGACACACCGAUAAACAAGAUGAAGGGUAGAGGCUUUGGGCAGAAAGGCUUUCUGUCAGAAGUGGAUCCCCAUAGCUGGCUGGAAAUACCAGCCCUGUUCCCAGGCCUCCCAGGGGCCUUCUGACCCGCAAAUAAACUUCUCCAACACAGA